UCCAUUUUCGGCAGCACGCAGGUCUUCGCGGCCAAGUCUCAUUGCGUCGUUUUCACGAGAAGAACCUGAACUGUCCGCCCGGCGUCGAUGGUGAGAUACGACUUGUGCUACUCUCUGCACAGCGGUCUGCCGAGUCCGACGUUGCCUGGUUGUAGCCGCGCGCGCUCCACAAUUCGCUUCUUCAGCAGCGGUUCGUACGUUACGAGAAAGCGCCACAAGGUGUACCGAAGAUUAAACACAGGUAUUGUGACUACGCGGGGCACAUGUCCCGUCCCUUGACCUGUGGCACGAUGCGCUGCUGUUUACGAUGAUGAUUUAUUGGCAUCCCCUUCGAAAUGGGACGGUGACAGACAGUCACCUAGCCUGCUUGGUCUAAUCAGGUAUCCUGUACAUGUUUUUCAUCCUAGCAUUUUUGCAUACGUCUCAUUAAUCUUUUUCUUCCUCAAGACAAUCCAUCCUUCUUUUUGGUCAAUUCCCCAUGGUGGGUAGGAGCCACAUACUUGAUAGGACACACAAACCACCUUGUACCGCUACCCAUGCAACUGCUACAUGGCGUUCCACCUGGUGUAAUAAUGUGCAACUGCAAUGCAAAGUGCUCACGUGUCGAUGCUACGCGGCGCGCGUCUCACAUCGUGUGACAAGUGCACGAUACGAUGAUGAUUAUGAUUAUGAUGAUGAUGAAUGUGGUGAUGAUUUACUGGCAUCUCAUUUGAAAUGGAGCGGUGACAAACAGUUACCUAGCCUACUUGAUUUAAUCAGGUAUGCCAUACACGUUUCACACGCACGCGGCUUUUUUAUUCUUUGGCCAAUCCCCCAUAGGAGCCUGGCGAUAGCUACGACGAGCACCGGAGGCGGUGGCGGACAACACGCCAACCGAAAUGGCUAUUGGAAUGAGCCCAUAACAGCGUACGCUGUAAAAAAGAAAGAAAAAAAGAAGAAAAAUAAACAGUAAGAAAGGAAAAAGAAGACAACCCCAACAGUAUCAAAGCUUUGAUUUGCCGACUUGGUGCAUGGUCGAAUGGUUGGGAAAGAAGUACUAAAAAACGCAGGUGCAGCACCCGUCAUGUGCACUAUGUGUCUCUAUCCCUGUGUGUGCGUGUGUGUGUUUGUGCACGUGCGUUUAGGGCUGCAGGGACUGACAAGCGGCCAAAAUGUGUCGUGAGACGUUGAUGCAAAUGAAAUGACUAUGAUUUAUAGUGAUAGAAUCCAGCACGCUGUUCGCGAUUUAAGUAGGAAUUAUAAUUUUAAAUUGGCAGAGAAAGUCACAAAGCCAGUAAGUGGAAAUUUUGGUACUUCGGAUGUAUUCUAUGAAAUUACUGUACGGACAUCGACUAUCAUUAAGUACAGCAUAAUUAUUGCUUAAAAUUGCAGUUAGUGUAUUAUGAGACACUCGCACAUUAUUCUAUACUUUCGAAAUGAAAAGCGCACUCAUGGCUACGGCAACACGCUAAACUGCGUAUCACGUGAGAAGCGUCAUUUCGUUUUCGAUCCAACUGGUUUCGUUUUGACUGGUUAAAUACCAAGGAAACCAUGAAAACACGUAGCUAUUAUCGCAGAAAUACUUUUAACACUUCGGAAAACAUAAAUCGUAGGAACAUCGACUUGAUAAACAAAAUAAUACUUUCUCACAGCUGCGGCCUCACUUGUCGUCUUCUUCCCGCUAAUGCCGGCGCAUAAUCGCUGUCGCGCUCACCUAUCACCGUUUUCAGCAUACUUCCAGUGAACGACUACAUCCUUACUGCAGAUCAAAAAAUCCCGAUAAAAAAUGUUUCACGGCGAUUUCCGCGUUAACACUUCAUGAUUAAACACUUUGACUGGUAAGCUUUCCAUUGCAUUGAAAAAAAUGGGUACCAUGAGAACUGGUUGUCAGUCCCUUUAACAUUUUUCUUUCAAAAGCACUCCGAACGAUUUCAUUUUUGAAAACGCGCGCCAUAUUCCCCGAGAAAGGGGUGGGAAGAGAUACAGGACAGAGAAAAAAAAAAAUAGAAAACCUCUCAUAAACAGCAUAUUAAAGCUUGAAAUAAGAAUUUGAAGACACUUGCAAAUAAAAUAAGGGGGUGGAGGAGCACGUCUGCUUUCUUUUACUGGCUGGGAUUACUCCGUGGCUACCGUGGUUGUGGCCAUCCAUGCUGCUUCUGUGCACGCACGCGCACUGACAAAGUACCAUUGGUGACCCUCUUAGCCUUUAUGCGUACGAAUCUCCUCUAAGACUUUGACCACUUUGGUAUUGCGUUGAUUCUGAUUUAGUUGCGACGGCACUGUAUACGGACCGUACGCCGAGAACGCCGCGCCGCUUGGGGACGUCUUGAACAGAGGUUGGCAACGCUGCCGAGCUGCUUGCAGUUUACGGAGAAAAAUGAUCAGGUGGUAAAUAGCGAUAUGCCCAGCCUUCGGCGAAAAGACCGGCGUACAGACAGAUAUCUUUCUUGAUGGGCUGAAAUAAGGACCACCAAAACCUUCUGACUGCGAAGCUGGUCCGUCAGUGACCAAGGCAGUUUUUCAGCCAUGGUCUCCGCAAGCGAAGCACUGCGCAUCCAUUUCUACACGCCUCGUGAACCCGUGGUUAUUCCAAACAACAGUGGUGUGCAUAUUGCUGAGGACUUGUGUGUCCUAGCGGCCAAGACAUGCGGCAUCAGUCCCGUAACGUGCCAGCUUUUUGGUCUUUACUGCCCAGACCUGGACAUUUGGUUUGCACCGUCAGCUGCUGUGAAGGACAGGGACAAAACAGUGAAUGUUCAUUUCCGCCUGCGUUUCAAGCCUCCCAAUAUGGAUAGGAUCAAGGCAAGACAUAUCGUUCAUUCAAUACCGUGUAAUGAGGACGAAGCGGUGCUCAACUACUUGUACCAUCAGAUGCGACAAGACUUUGUGUGUGGUCGUGUACCUGAACUGCAUCAGAGCAAAGUCCAGAGCCGAACUCUGGGCCUUGUAAUCACAGAUGUGGUGCGCCACCUCAUUGAGCUGGGACAGACCCCUCAGCAGGGCAGUUACAGUUUCAGUGACUUUAUGCCUUCGGUUCUUGUCGGACCGUGGAAGAUGCGUGUGCUCAAGACCCGAAUGACCACUGCCCUCAACGAAUGUUGGCAGAACAGCCGACAAAAUGCUCAACGUGUCAAGGAGAUCUACGUAAAUGAGUUCAGAAGCAUAGUACCUGAGUAUGUGUGUGAACAGUUUGCUUCCCAAGUAGACACUGAUGGUCGGGUAUGGGAGGUGAUCCUGCAGGUCAACCCAUACCAUUCCCAGCUACCGGGUCUGCGAAUGCGCCCAAGGGGACCCAAGGAAAACAUAACAUGGACACAAAUCUGCUCCAUCAGUGAUCUCUGCUUUGUGAACAUGGUUCCAUCCAAUUGCACUGUUGAAAUCAGCCGUCAAAAUGGCAUACCUCAGAACCUCAGAUUUGACAGCAUCAGCCAGAUGCACUCCUUUGUGUCCCUCCUCGAUGGAUAUUAUCGGUUAACGGAGAAAUGGACAGUGAAUUUAUGUAUCAACCUGCCAACACCAUCAUUGACCAUGCUUCGAGCAAUGAGGUGCCAUGGACCAGUGGGAGCCAAGUUUGCCUACCAGAAGCUGCAGGAGAAAGGAGGGCAUGAAGCAGGCUGGUACCUGAUUCGGCAGAGCUCGUCUGUCUACCGGGAGUAUCGACUGGAUUUUCUGGGAAAGAAUGCGGCACCUGAGACCCUGCGCAUUGUACAGCUCAAGGAUGGGCGCUUUGCACUGGAUGAAUCUGCACCGGAAGAUGGCAUUUAUCCAACACUCGCAAAGCUGAUCAGUGAGGCUAUUCGCCCGACCCUUGAUGUAGAGCUGGGAUACUGUGUGCCUCCGUCUGAAUAUGACAAAACGCAGCUACUUUUGUGCCGCCCACCAUCUCUCGACGUGGAAAAGUCUGCUCUGAAGCGAGAGCCUCGCGAAUGCAUCCACUCAGGGGCACUGGUCUUCACAGAGAAUCGCAAAGACGAGCUGCCGGGCAAGUUCACCGUGGUGCGGCGGGCGUUUCUGCACCGGGAACGCAACCAGUACCGAGAGGUUGCUGUCAAAGCUCUGAAACCCCACCUCGAAGAUAGCCAUCUCAAGGAGUUCAUGGUGCAGUGUGACCGGAUGCUGUUCUGGCAAUGUGAAGCCAUUGUGAACUCCCUCGGCAUGGUGCACUCGGGCAGUUUUGGCCUGGUGUGCGAGUUCCUGCCUCUGGGCUCCCUGGAUGCCUAUCUGCGUCAGCACAGGUCGCAACUUCAAGCCGUUGACUUGGUUGAAGCGGCGAAGGGGCUUGCCCGUGCCCUCUGGUACUUGGAAGAGCAAGGCUGUGUCCAUGGCAAGAUCAGGUGCCGAAAUAUUCUCGUCUCUCAGCACGAGGCCAAUGCAUUCUAUGUCAAGCUUUCAGACCCAGGACUGCUUGUCUACGUGAAUGAGGACAUACAUUGGAUCCCACCCGAGUUCUACAACAACCUUAACAUGGCUAAAUCGUCCAUCAAGGCUGAUACUUGGGCCUUUGGAACAACCCUGUGGGAGAUAUUCAGUUAUGGGGAGCCACCAAUGGCAGGAGUCCCUAUCACAGAGGCAACAAGGAGGUAUAAGGAAGGGGAGAGAUUGCCAAUUCCAGUUGACACACAUGAGGGGAUCCGGCUGCUGCUGCAAGAGUGCUGGUCGUUGGACCCGGACAGUCGGCCGCAGCCACAGACCGUCAUGCGAGACAUCAAUCAAAUAUUUUAUGAGGUGUACAACUCUAGGAGAAGUCAUUCGUACGCCUCGGUCUACCCUCAAGCCUCUUCACCAACUGGGCUGUCUGCAGACCCAGCAAGUCCUAUGCUGGGGAAAACAACAUCACCGUCUUUUGCGUCCGUGGAGACAAAUCGGAGACUAGAAACUAUUAGGCAGCACCAUGCCCCCAUCGGAUUGUCUGCCACCUCAGCGAAUGAGGCUCUUUCACAAAGGCGCGGAUUCAAGUGGGGCAAGAAUCCUUUCCGAUUGCACUCAUCGGAAGUUAGCUAUGACAACCUUUCGAGCUGCUCUACAUCAACAGUUCAGUCAGAGGUGACGCUCCAGUCGGACAUAGGAACAUGCAUUGAUGUGGAGAGCUUGGUCAGCUUGGAGGAGAAUGCAGACAACGUCAUUUCAUUUGGCAACACAUCGCCCCUGGUAGAAGAGUCUGGUUCACCGUGGGUCAUUGACAGUCAGCAGCUGAUAAAAGGGAAGCCACUUGGCCAGGGCUUUUUCGGUGAGGUGUAUGCAGCUUCCCUCAAGAAAUGGGCCGGCCUACAAGAGGAGAUGGUGGCUGUCAAGUGCAUGCGCAAGACAUCCUUGCUCGAGUCCUUUCAGACCGAGUCUGGCCUGCGGGACCUGCAGCGAGAAAUUGAGAUCAUGAAGAGCCUCAGGCACCCCAACAUUGUCGAAAUCAAGGGCCUUGUUGAAGAGCCUGAGAUGAUGCUGGUCAUGGAGUUUCUGGAGAUGGGCUCCCUGUUGACGUACCUGCAGACGUACCGAGAGAAGGUGACUCAUCCUCAGCUCAUAAAGUACAGUGAGGACAUUGCUAAUGGUAUGGAGUACCUGGAGGAGAAGCACAUUGUGCACCGGGAUUUGGCUGCACGGAACAUCCUGGUGGCUUCUAAAGAUCAGGUCAAGAUCAGUGAUUUCGGCCUUGCCCAGUUCACGGUCAACCACUACUACUAUAUCCGUACUCAGAACCGCAAGCUUCCAAUGAAAUGGUAUGCCCCUGAGAGCAUCCUUUAUGGCAAGUUCUCAACCAAGUCAGAUGUGUGGAGCUACGGUGUUACUCUAUGGGAGAUGUUCUCCUAUGGGGAGGACCCUGUCAUACAGGGGGUUACACAGGAGAAUUUGGGCAGUGAGCUGGUACAGGGUAAGCGACUGGCUUGCCCCGCUGACUGCCCUGCUGACCUAUACCAGCUGAUGCUCCUCUGCUGGGCGACUGACGCCCACCAGCGGCCUGGAUUUAGCCACAUCAAGGGCAUGGUGCAUAACCUGUGAUCUCCUCCUUGUCCUCUCUCUCUCUAUCUUUUUGUUUUGCUGUUAUCACAGGGCCAGGUUGAUGAACCAGGAUUCUAAACAGGGCUGGUUGUCAGUACCAUCAGCAUAAAUUGAAAUGUGAAAAUCGGAAGGAAUGCCUUUUAAUAUGUGACUAUGUGAGGGGAGUCUCAUCGUGUAAUUGGGGGACAUAUUCUGUAUCGAUCACUUUCAGUGAUAUCACUUUCAAGAUGCAUCAAUUGCUAAGCCAGAGAAGGGGAAUUCAACUAACGUAGUGACAAACCUUUAAUCAGCCUUAUUCUCACGCUGCAUUGUUGAAUGUAUUGACAAGACACCUGCCACUCCAUCGAGGUGCUCCUCUGAACAUUGUCAUGUAACAGUGAUAAUAUUCCUGAGAGUGACUGAUUGAGAAUACAAUCUUAGUUUCUAAGCUGCUGUGACUCCAAAGCUCUGUUUUUAAGCCUGAAUUAUGCCAGUAUCACAAGGUACAGGCAGACGUAGAAGUGCUAAGUCACAUUCCACUGUAUCUCGACUUAUUCACACUUCAAUUUAUGUAUGUUGGUAGCACACGGUACAAAUGUUGAGUGGCUGACCUACAAAUUUCUAGUUCAGAAUCUGCGCUGUCUUGUUCCUUCCUGUUCACUUUCCACCUGAGCUGGAACCUCUUUUGGAACCCUUUGAGAAGCGGAGAGGUGAAACGGCAGACUAUUGUUAUUCAUAGAUGGAAUAUGGAAUCCCACUGUUGUCCAGUUCCUUAGUAGAUCCUUUUUUAAUUCGUGUCUUAUGUUUAUUUACCAGGAUUAUCAGGUUUAUUUUAAAGUGCUGCUCUUUCUGCAGCAGUCUCCUUGCGCUCAAGACAGGCGGGCAAGGUGCCUUUGCCUUUUGCCUGUGCGAGGAGGUUUCGGUCCUCUGAAUGUUCUUGAUCUCUCUGGAAACUCUCAUCCUUCACUGGAACGUUCGGAAGGGCUUUGAGAGUUAUUCAGAUAAACAGUCAAAGAAGGGACUUCUGCACUCCUUCAGCGUCCUCCCUUUAUUUUGAUUUACAUUAAGUACUUUCUUGAAUUCUUUAGUACAGGAUUUACCUAUCAUUGCAAUGCUGCACUGCUUUCAAGAAGUUAGUUAAAUGUGAUUUCAUAGCUGUCAGGCUGCUGUUCAUUCAGCAACCCAUCACCUUUUGCUUAGCCUGUAGGAUCUGUAAGACAUAUGGUUAAGCACUGCAUUUAUGUCAUGGUGCCUGCUUGUGUAGCAUUUAAGCAGCCAUAAUGCUUGUUUAUUUUCCCCUUACUUUUCUCAUUAGAACUUCACACAUUAAGUGACGUGCAAUUCAUUGCAGCAAUAUCACCAGCCUUUUUUUUUUCCUGUGCUGUUUGUCACCAUUACCAUGACUUGCAAGUUGUUUAUUAUGUAACAACAUACAGUUUCUUGAAAGGCAAGGAAGAAUGUGCUUGCUGAGAUUGAGUGGUGACUCUUUGUUUUGGGAAACAAUGAUAGGCAGCUUGCAGUUUAGAUGAGGGAGAUGUUGCAUUUUUUAAAAGUCUGUGUAGGUCCAACAGUUGGUAGCGAUAUUGUUGGGUCAUGCCACUGUCAUGCCACUGUCAUGCCACUGUACUUUGAUGUAUUGAUGUUUUUGUUUGAAACCCUCUAAAGGUGUUCCAAGACCAUUAUGAGGGGCAAGAAAAGUGGGUUCAUGCUUCUGCAUCUCCUUUGAAGGCACUUAGUACUUAGUACUUCCAUUGUCAUGUACAUCUCAGGUUCCACCCAUCUUGCUGCACUCUGGUAACCUUGGCUUGUGUUCACUGUUGUGGGCACUUCCACUCACAUUUCCAGUGCCCCUCUUUGGUAAAACACAGUGUGCUUUUACAAAAACUGCAAAGCUUGUAAAGAGCUAUGUCAAGGUAUCUAUCUGUGUUGGUGAGAUGAGAAGCUCUAAUAGAAGUAUGCCUUCAGGCUGAUGGGAAGUUGAACUUGUUGGUGCUUUCUUAUACAAUGUGUUGUCAUCUUUAUGCCAAAGGUUAUGUAAACUAGCACCUAAUGUUCUAAUGUUGCAUCAUUGAGGCAGCCUGGUAUGAAUGGUUAUUCAAUCAAACUGCCUUCUUGUUCAUGCUCAGUUUCUCAUAAAUGUAGCAUUCGAUGAUGCAUACACUGUUUGGAUGCAGUACUCACCACUUUCAUCCAAAGUCCACAUUGUCUCUGGCAACACCAGACCAAUAAAGCAACAUCCACUGUAGUGAAAACAGAAUUUAAAGAGGAACUUUUCCCUCCUGUCAUUAAAUGACACUAGCAUUUCUUCCACUAAGAAACUCUAUUAUGUUCUUCAUUUGGCACCGUCACACACAACUUGUGCAUCUUGCCUAUCCUGAAUGAAAUAGGAAAGUACUGCAUUCAGAUAUGGUAUUGCAGAAAAUGACCUGCAGCAUGCUGCCUACUUAUGAAAUUUGAGCACGAGCAAGCCUGCGGUUGAGUUGAAAGCUUUCUAUACCUGUGCUUCGUGUCAAUGUAGCAUUCUGUAUACAUAUCUGUGUGUGUAGCUUGCAUUUGUUAUUAAGAGGCCCAGUUUUGUUCUAUUCUCUCUUCUCUCUUAAUAUCUCAUAUUGUAGCUGCAGACCAUUCUUUAUUGAAGUUAGCCUCCUAUCUUACAUGACAUUCUAUGACUAGUUGUAUUAUACAUUUGCACAUGGAAUAUACGUACAUUUCUUGUGUUUCUUGCUUUUACAGGCUACAUAAUAUAGUCGGUACCAGAGUUGUUUUAAUGAGUUAUGAAACGUAUUACAUCUCACACUGUUUCAUGAACUGUGCUGAAUAUAGCUUUGUGUCAACAUGGGGAUCACAAAAUACCAUCUCACCCAAAUAUUAUUUUCAGCACCUAUCUUCUCUGUUGAUAGCUCUUUAACCAGGUACUGUUGUAUGAUCAUGACUGCUAUAUGUCAUCUUACACUUUUUUUGGCAGCUAAAUUGUUUGUGAAACAUUGUGUGCAAUAUUUUGUGCUAAACUUGAGACAGCUUAGUUCUUAGUAUUGGACUACUGCACCUAGAAUAUAAAUUUUUGAAGUAGAGUUAGUGUUAAAAAGCUGGUGAUGCAAUCAGCAGCAUUCAUUUUAUGUCAUAAGUUAGGUGAUAAGAAAGUAUAUGAAAGACAUCUUUAUGUGGCUGAAAAGUUGGCUUUUAUGGGUUGAAUUCGCAUUGUGAAUUGCUACAGUGUGCAGCUGAAAAAUUACCUCAUUCUCUGUCAUUGCAUUCACAAUCGCAUAUACCAAGCUGGCUUGCUGCUGCUUUAACCAAUUUUUCAAUGAUGUACUGCACAUAAUGUGCUGCAUGACUUGAGACCAUCGUGCCAAUGCAACCAUGUUGCUACUGUGCAAAACCAUUUCAUAAUAGAAAUGCUUCUUUGUCACAUAUUGUUUGUGAUUUGCUAACAUAUAAAUUUUUGCCCCUUUUACGUACUGAAAGCAUAUCAUUAGAGCAGUUACCAUUAUGCUGAAAUGUAUUGAUGCACAUAUAUCCUAUAGUGCCAGCACCUGACUAUCAUUUCGUGUCAGCAAGUUUGUGUUAUUUGUGUCAGAUGCACAGUUUGUGUCAAACUAUUCGCAUGGAUUUUUUUUUUUACUGAAGCACAGUGGUUGAGGCAUAGAAAUUUUUUCCAGCAAAACCAUAACUAUCAUUAGUGGUUUCACAUUGCCUCUUAACAUGAGGAAUUCAUUUGUAGCAUCUGGUAUUUAGCUUCUAAUUUCAAUGCCAUUUGUCCGCAUUGUCAGGAAACAUCAUGUGCUCCGUGGUCUUGCAAGAACAGCAAAACUUGAGUACGAUAACUUUGGCAAUUGUGUAAGGAAGAAAAGGAAAUUUAGGGCUCUUAAUUCUGAAUCAAUGUAGGUAACUGCAGAAGUUGCGGCCGCUAAGGACUGUAGGAAUAGUGAAAGUAGCCACGAACAUAUUUGCAAGUAUAUGGCAUUGAACUAACUGUAUGCUAGCUCAUGGUUGCCGAUUUGCAUAGUUUGAGCUGCUGACCCAGUCUCAAUGCUCUUUGCUUAUGUGGAAGUUCCUGCUGGAGUGUCAGCCACAUGCUUUCUUAAGCGGUGUAGCCUAGAGCGCUCCCUCUUUGUUGUCUGUGCAGCCGUCGCUCCUGACAGAGGCAUGCCCGGAGAUCACACUCGUCACUGAAGCAUAAAGUUUAGACGCAACAAGUUCACACGUGUAGGAUGCAUUAAGGAUUCAUGAAAUAUUCAUAAAGGCAAUUUGAUGCAUCCAAGCAUUGAUGCAUGAGCUAAGUGACCAUAUGUACUGGCCUCUGCUGGCUGAAGCAACACCACUCCAAGUCAGUGACAAGUGCAUGUUGGCUCAGAAGAUAGCUAUUUCUCUGCUACAUAAUGGUGGUGCUGUCUGUCGCCGGGCAGCAUGUUUUGGCAUGUUUCUUUCUUUUUUUUGCCUUAGUGAUGGUAGAUGGCACUACAAUUCUAUUGCAGUGACAGUGUGAGCUGCAUGUGUACGAUCGUGGGCUAGGCAGUCAUCCCUCGGUAUUGAGAACCAGUCUCAAGAAGACCACCGAGUGCCAAAACUUUGCAGCCGAGGUGAGAUAAAGCGUAGCAAAUGUCUACAACACCAUUUACUUCAUGUGAAAUGGAUAAACGAGUUAAAGGUGGCUACUCGUUUGGCCUGAAGCGGGCCAAAUGCCACCAUGUCAAGCAGUGACAUAAUUUCUGUUGCAUCCAGAAGUGUGCGGCACACAUUGAAAAAAAAAAAAAAAAACACUUUUGCUGUAAGAGAUCAAAUGGCUGACCUCUUCAUCCUAAGGCAAAGGCCCAUUUUGUUAAGAAAUGGGCCUUGGUGAGGGCUGAAGCCUCCAGGUACUAGACAAGCACAUGAAUGUGAGAAGGAGAAUGAGCUGUUUUGAUAAGUCAAGGCCACAUUUUCAUGUUGUAACACUUUCAGUGUCUUACAAUUUUAUUCACUUUUGAUGAACCCCACCAAGGGCCAUCAAUAGCACUGUAUAGCUUGGGAUCAUCCAUCAGCUUAUGUUUUACAGCUUCAAGCCAGGGCCACUGGAAGGUGUGCAUCUGUUGAGGCACUACGGCUUCUGUGAGAUUGGAUAGGAGCCGAGGCAGUUGCUCAUUGCAAGUACUAUCUUGAGAAGGAGGUUGAAAUACACUGGCUCUGACAAGUGCCGGUGAUAAAUAUUAUUAUCGGUGUCUUUUGCUUUCAGGCAAGCAUAUUUACUUAACCGCAAUUGCUUCAGACAAGCCAUAGAUGCUAGGUGCUUUGUGAAGUGAAGGUGCCUCGUGUAGUGAGCGUUCCCUAUGUAGCAAGAUGAUGAUUGGGUUGCUGGGCAAAGAGAGCUCAGUUAUAAUGACAUCGACAUGAUUUUACAAAGAUUUGCUGUGUGUAUCACAGUAGCACAGUUGUGCUACGAGUCAGAAUUGUCAUUUUUAUUUUUUUGAUAAAGGACAUUGAGCACCAGGUUAACAGAGCUGUAAUUGAAGGCAUUGUUUCACAUCUCUCUGACCAAGCUAUAGACAUCCGUGCCUUUGCUAUCGUAAAAUAGCCUUUGACAAUAGCGAACUAGUUUUUGCAUUUGUUAUUGUGGUACCAGCACUGUGUGACCUUUUGUCUUGUGUGUGUUUUUUCUUUAUUGCUACUGCGGAGCAUUCUAGAAAAUUUGUUCUGGAGAGCUUAGUUUAGAUGUCUAUAGGAAUUGUGUUUUUCGACAUAGCUGCUGUGGGACAUUCCAAAGUCUAUAACAUAUAUAAUAUGAAAAUUUUGGCUUGAUUGUAAUGGUGAUGCCUCAGGGGCAGUAUCUUAAUAUGUGUAUUGGUUUUUCAGGCUUUUUGUGGAUAGCCUUGCACUGUGCCAUAAGCUUAAAUGUGCAGUUAAACAAUGGUUGAACACUCGUUGACUAGAGCGCACAUAAGGUUGAUAUGGUGUUUACUGUGUUUGCCAUUGGUGAUUAAGUGGUAUUCAGAACCUACUACUGCUAGGAAAGAUGGCAGAAACACAUUGUUCUGCCAGCAGAAACACCUUAACAAAGUAUCUAUAGUACAUAUGAUCGCAGGAAUUUACUACACCAGCUCAAAUUUUAGUAAUUUCACUUUUGCAUUUUGGUAGGAACAUGUUUUCUAGAUGGCAAACGCAUUGCACAAGUGCCAAGAGAAUGGCGGCUCAGCUGUCGAGUAUUUGCCUACUGUUUCUGUUCGUGUAGUGAACCACAGUGCUUUUUAAAAAAUAUAGCCAUCUGUGAUGACUUUUGCUUGUUAGAGCUGGGAGCACGUUUCAUGUGAUGGAGCAGCUUUUCACAGAUGUGCCUAAUGAACACAUUCUGCUUCAACACCUUAAAACUUCAUUCAAGUAGGUUUGUGUAAAAAUAAUUGCUCUGUGAUUGUGGAACAACCACUGAGGCAGUUCUCAGUACUUCUAGUUGAAUACCGUGACUGCUCUGAAUAUCUUGUUUUUGCAAGCUAAGUUUUGCUAUUGCAUACUCCUGACUAAAAAUAAAUUUUUAGUUAACACUCCUAAAACAUUUGCACUACGUUAUAUUAUCAAGCUGCAAAAUCAUGUGACAUAACCAGUUAACUAAACAAAAGAUGAUUUCUGUGCAGUUGGUAAGAAAUUGCAACAGAGGCAUUUGCACAUUAUGUCACUGUCAGACCAUAUUUGCUGAAAGUUGCAAAAACAUGAAAGGGGUUUUGGUUGUGCUUCAUUUUUGUUCAACUUUACACUUUUCUGGAAGUACAGCAGACUCCCUCUAAACUGGAAGCUGUCAUGAGCUAAACAGUUUAGAAGAGUUUUCUAUAGAAAUUAUUUAUGUUAUAAACUUCUUUUAUCUCCUGUUGGAAAAAAAUUAUUUGAUUAAAAGUGGUUGUAUGAUAAGAGCACUCAAAGGAGGCUUCCACGCCAUCUAGUGUCUCAUGUUGAAAUUUGUGUCCUUGUUUCAAAAAAUUUGCAGUAGUCAUUACACAGUUUUAGUUUAGCGUUUGCAACCAAACGUAAAUGCAUUACAUACGUAAAGAAAUAGCGUUGUCAUCACUGCGCAUGCUCUGAGCGUUAUUGGGUUUCUGCGGUUUACGUACGCUAUGAUACCAUACAUUAUUUGGCGAGUUUAAUGUUCGAAUGUUUACGUACGCUAAGAAAUAGCGUUGCCGAACAUGGCAGCACCCAUGGAUACCGCUUCAGUGUGAAUUCAUGUGAUGGCUGCACUCUGACUCGCGUUGAUCGCCAGUAACUAUUGGAAUGAACUUUCGUUUUCUCUAUACUCACCUGAAACGUUAUUUAUGAGCGCAUAACACGUCCAAUUUCUGAGAUCGUUUGGUGAUUCCGGCGCCUGUAUGCCUAAUGAGACGCAUCAGCAUAGCAACAACAGGAUGGUUGGUAAUUAAUUUUCUUGGCUUGGUUUUUGUUUGGCACGAGGCACCAGACAGCGCCCUGUUUUAUAAUGUCUUCCUUAGGUUUGUGUUCCCUUACGGUAAACUAAAUGUGUUUAAAGGAUACACACCGUAACAUCCCACAAAGGUGAUUACGUUUAACGUAUGUAAGGCGACAAAUGCUAUUCUAAAGCUGUCUAUUGGGUGAAAAACGAAGUGUUUGGGUUUUCACCUAACUCCGCUUCACUUUUUUAGUUUCAACUAUCACAUCAGCUACAUCCGUAUGCUUUUAUAACUUAUAUCGUCAUUUUCGUGUCUCCUCUUAAUGUCAACAUUAAUGGUCACAUAAUGUGUAGAAUUGAUAACCACUGGUCAUUUACAAUAGCAGGCAUGGGUGCCAAAGCAAGAAAAAUGCAGUCAAGCAUGUCCAAGUAUUAGGAGAUAUGACAAAAAUGAGAAAUGUGCAGGCAAAGGUCUUGUUGACAUGAGAUAGGGAUAAUUGUAGAUGCCUGGAAGAGACUUUCGUUAUGCACUGGACAAUUUCAUGUGAUGAUGAUAAUGAUUUUCUUACUACUUUAUUGAAGUGUUCGAACUAGGCUUGGAAAACAGUUUUAACUUUUGACAACUUUGUAAACCUGAAACUUGGCACUUCUGCACGUGAAUUAAGAAUGCAGCUGCGUGGGUAGCUGGGAUUGUUAAGCGUCUUUGGAAAUUAUGCAUGUAGGCCAUCAUUUCCCAAAUGCUUUUGUUUUAUUGAAGCUCUGAAAAGUUUAUUAACCUGAGCAGGGACCCCUUCCAUGCGACUUAUUCAAGGUACCAUCAAUAUGGUGUUUAUGGCAUCUGCAGCAAAAUUAGACAUAGCAUUGAUUGUCUUUUGUAGCAGUGGCACAGAUAACUUUCUGCCAUCUUUGUGAGAGAUAGAUGCCAUUGCAAGGUUUCUCUAAACAUCGUGUUUACUGCUGAACCCUUAUCAUCACUUGAACAUGUAUUGUUUAGUGGUUUGAGUUGUUUGCAGCAGCAAAUGAUUAAAAAUUAUAAGUGGUGUAAAAUUCAGAUGUUCGAACCUAAAGGGAUGAUGGAACUGUAAAUGCUUUGUGUCCGCUGUGACAGCAGUAAUAUAAGAAGCAAUUUCUUGUGAUUCAUCUUGUGAACAGAAAGUGUAACUUCUUUGUUGCACUUUUUUACACAUGAUGAUUCCAUGCUGUCUAUUUGCAUAGCAUAUUUGUAUAUUUAUAUGUGUGAAAGCUGUUUUUAGUUUCUUGCAUCUCACAUGGGUUAUUUAGAGAAAUUGGAGUAUCGUCAGGUUGAUGGCGUUCCCUCAUUUUACUUAAUUAGCAAGCAAUGUUGUGGCUUAUUUUCUGCCACCAUUUGCCAACCGCAUUGUUGAAUCAGCUAUUUGAGCAUGUUGAGAACCUGAAUAUCUACGUUUUGUGUUACAAACAAUUUUGUUGUGUGCAAUAUUUGACGCUGACUUGUUGAAACAUUUAACCACUUGCUUUGAAGCACACAUAUUUUAAAGUCCUUUUUGUGUUUUGUUUCACAUACGUAAAUACUUGUAUGUUUAAUGUGUAUAGAAUAAUAUGCUAAUGUCUAUGUAUAUCCUAGGCAUGUAUGCCGUGUUCAAUAUUUCUUGAAUUCAGUUAUAUUAAAUGUACUAUUGUUUGUUAUUGUUUGUACGAUUGUUGGUGUCAGCUUAGAAUGACUUGAACAUGUACCUGAGCAAAUUGACUAAGGGGCACAUAUCUGCCUUUUAUUUUGAAAAGAAAAAUAUAGUGAAGCGAAUUUCAGGCUUCAUCAAUUGCAUCCACUUGAAAGAAAGCUUCAAGACCUUUUAUUUGUCAGCACAGAAUUUGUGGCAGUGCUCGUCUCGAUGUGUUAAAAUUUGACAUUGUGCUCACGCACACUCUGACAGUUUGUACUUCUCUAUAGGAAUUGCGAGGCAAGUGUUUUGUUAGUAUGUCACCAAUUUCUAUUAGAUUGACAAUGAUGGGAUUGCAAAGGCGCAUUAAUUAUUUGGACAGAUUGACUUAGGAAAAAGCCAGAAGAGAAUGAUACCUAUUCCUAGCCAACAAAAUUUGUGUUGAAUGGUAAUAAGGUGAAUGACUAUCUCUUAUGUUUAUUUUCACAUGUCAAAAAUCCUGUAUUAUAUCUUCAACAUAUCUGUCGUAUGCCUCGGCAUCAUGUCGCACAUUCGCUCAAACUGUGUACUGAUGACAUGAAUUCUUUCUCAUGAGAGCUUGUAAAAAUUUUCAUUAGGCACAGUGGCAAUGUACACAUCGCUCACUUGCUUGAAAUGUGUAAAAGGACAUGCUGCUAAGUAGGAAACAACUUUGUUCUUGCAUUCCAUUCACACAUAUUUAGGAAUUACUGGCAUUUGAAUGCCUAUGCUCAUUCUAUUAACUUUCACUGUGAAAGUACAUGCCAAGUAAUGUGCUCAGUGUUAGUAUUAUUACUGUCUCUUACCUCAUGGACAGCACAAAGCAGCACAUGAUGUGAAGAUCUCGACAAGGCAUUCCCUAGAUGUGAUGAGUAGUGUUGGUAUUUUUACUCCUUUAAAAUCAAUUCCUCUAGAGCGAAAAACACUUGCUGAUAUGUCACUGUAUGUUGUGCCACGAUGAUUAGCCAGGUUUUGAGUCAUGCGUGGCUUCGUGUGUUCAUGUGAUACAACAGAUGUGUGGUUUGAAAACUUUGAACUGCUUACGUAAAGCGCGUGUACUUUUUUUCUGAUGUGAUGCUUGUAGAUGUUACAUUUAUUUGCUCUCUAUUCUGUUAGUUUGAUAUGCUUUUCUGAUGAGGCCCUUUUGCACUAUUAGUCCUUUUCUUAAGCUAGACAAAAUAUUGGGCUAGUUGUUAUGGACUGGACACAAUGUGCAGUAGUCUGGGAAGAAGAAACACAUGGAGACACCGAGACGCCGUCAAGAUUGCUGUCAAUCAGAAGUAUUCUGGUCUGAAGAACAAGCACGUAAACACAGAAGAGCAAUAUGAGAUUUCCAACACCACAACGCUACAAAGAAACAAAACGCUCACAAGUAGUCAUUAAAGAAAUCGUUAACUCUCUUAGUGAUAAAUGAUAUCUCAUUCGGGGGUAGAAAUACAUAAAGUGUACCUGUUUUAUCUUAGCACACACAUGUUAAUCUUGGCUUGUGUUGUUGAUAAUCUUUUGUGCUCUUUCUGUAUUCAAGUGCUUGUUGUUCAAAAUAAGUAUAUCAAUUUUGACUGUCUUACUACUGUCUGUCCUGGUGCAUGUGCUCCUGUUACGGCAGCUUGCAUUUAGCCCUCUUAUGUUUAGUGCUUUUGAAAUGCUCUUCCUUUUCUAAUGUGCAUCUCUUAUGGAGCUUACAUGAAUGCUAACAACACUUCCAGGUUUAGCAGUUUAUAAAUGUUCAGAGAAAUGCAUCAAUGCAUAUGAACUUUGUUAUUAUGUUGCCAGGUGCUAUGGCGUGAAAUGGGCUUCGAGUGGCAGUGCGAUUUGUAGCGAGCAUUGCUGCGCGAUGGUGUUAAAGAGAUUAAGACAUUUCAGGUGCCUGUGGAAUGAGAGCUGUGCCUUCUGUACAAGUAGAUACACACAUUUAAUGUACCUCAUAUACAUACUGUUUACUUUAUUUGGAAGCAUUGCUGUAUAAGCGUAUCAUUAGUUGGGAUUAGCCGUGCAAAGAAUUAUACUAUUGCUUUCAGUUGUAACUGUUCAUAAGAUACACUGCUUUGACUUGCACAUGCACUGGCAGUGUGGGAAAUUCCUGCUGCUGGGGGUUCUGGUCAUGAAAUGCUUAUAAUAGUAGUGCUCACUUGGUCUUGCCUGGGCAUAUCGAUAAUGUCAUGGUGCUUCAGCUCUCAGUAUAUCUGUGAAGCAAGAAUACUCUAAUAUCUUUUUAUGAAUACUCUCAUUAAGGUCGAACAUAGUAUGAAAACUGUAGAUCACAUGUGAGCCUUAGGGUACUUUUGCACUGUUAAAGUAGGUGUAGCAAGCUUUAAGAUGGCUUCACUCCGUGUGACUUUUAGCAAUGUCUAUGUAAAUGGGAAUGGGAUCUCACAUUAUUUUUGUACUCUAAGGAAAAAUGACCUUUGCACCUUUGACACAUGCUUUCAGUGCUUCAGAAAUGGGGAAAAAAAUUUUUGGCCGUACACCUGUGGGAGCAAGGCCAUUGAUGUGUAAAGCAUGCCACAAGCACAUGAAACUUGUGGCACACUUUUCUAUGUCUGUGAUCAUAGACUUUCCCAAAUUAGUAGUAAUUUUGUCAGGAAGCUCAGUUUUGCUAUGCUGAGGUCAAAAGCUGUAAGUAAUCUUAGCAUUUAUAAACUAUGGCUAAUCUUGCAGACCCAUUGUCAUUGCUAAUGAGUCGCAUGUUUUUCAAAGCAGCUGUACUGUUUCAUGGUCCCAUAAACUGCUUUUAAAUAUGGCACUAUAAUUUAGGGUGCUUGCAGUAAGCUUGAGUACUAACUUCACAUGUACCUCUAGCAUAUACAAUUCCAUCGUUUGCUCAUGAUACUGAAGAUACCUUAGAAGUUGCCUUUUAUGAAAAAGGUUGAGUCACUUUGAUAGUGAUGUUAUGAGCUGCUCAGUAAUGGGCUGCUCAAAAUUCAGCACAUUCUCAGUUUGAUCCAGACACAUUUCUUAGUUAUGUAUAUCAACACAGCAUGCUUCUAACGUGUACAUAGCACAGAGUGUCUUGCAAUGUGGUCUAAAACAGUUUUCUUAAUGCGCUGUCACAUUUCUGCUGUGCUGAUUCUCUUUUUUCACAUCAGCUACGAAUGUCUCGCAUUAAUCAUUCCCAUUUCCUAUGGUCAUUUGUUACAUAUAUGUGAUAUGUACGUACUAUAUUCAAAAGUAUAUGUAAUUCUGCAGUACUGUCACUUAUGUAUUGCCUUUCUAAUAUGUUUGUGUCCUCAUAUGAUUCACUGGAGAAUACAGCACAUUGCUUGCUGAGUAGGCUUUUGAACUAAGAAUUGGGUGGGACGGAACGCCAUUUUGUUAACCCUUUCAGUGCUACUGACGUACCGGUAUGUUCUCCACUCUCUUCAUUUGAAUACGCACAGUAACACAAUGUUCGUGAGCUCUGAAGUAGUUCCACCAUCUAUUGUAUUUUUCUAGGAGCAUAUUUUCUCAUCUCUUCGGGCUUGCUCAGCCUGAGCUUUAUUUUAGCGCUCUGCGGAAUGUGUGUUCUGCAGCGCACUUUAUGGGCAUGGUUGUGCUGCACAGAGGUGUGGCUUGAGGGCUUUGUACACCGCUACUGCAGCAAUCCUCCAUUCAUAUAUUCGUGCCAUAGUGCAAGGUCCGCUCUUGCAUAUUUCUGCCAUCUUUGGUACGUGCAUGGCACAGUUUUUUUUAUUAUUAUUUGUUACCUACACGGUGAUGGUAUUGCGGGAGCAUGCGCAUCAAAAUGAAACUAAGUAGGAGAUAUAAAACAAAGAAAGGAAUGUGUGGACCAUACUAAAAGUGCAUUUUUCAUUAUCCGUGUAAUUGUUUUCCAUCUGAAAAACCGAAAAUAAGUUCUUGUUCAUCUUAUAACAUCGUAGAAAAAAAAAAAAAAAACUGGCACUGAAAGGGUUAAUAUCCAUUUUGGAAAUAGUGUAGGUCUUUCAGUUCUUAUGUCACCUGAUUUUCUAAGCAGGGAAUGAUUCUGUAUUCUGUAAUAAGCAGGAAGUGGCCAGCAAAAUAUAAAAGAAAGAAACAAGCCUGUACAGACAGCAUAGCUAGUAUUGCUAUGUCUUGGCCAUUUUCUUCUCGACCUAAAUAUUGCAACAAUGAAGUUAUGGGGUUUUACUACCCGAAGCAACAUACAGUAUAUGAAGAGAGGUCGUAGUGGGGUUCCUCAUAAUUGUGACCACCUGGAGUUCUUUUCACAUUCAACUAAGUCUAAGCACACAAGUGUUUUUGCAGUACAUCCUUAUGAAAAUGCAGUUGCUGUGGCCAGGAGCUCGAGUUUAGCAGAAGAAAGCUGAAGCCACAGAACCACUGCAGCAGGUUUUCACUUUUUUGCUGCCAUUGCACAUUACCCACCAGUAUGCAAAUUCUGGUUUUGUAAUGUGCAGUUCUGCAUACAAACAAUGGUAGCUGCAUUUUAGAGAGGGCAGAAUUUAAAGAAUGAUUGUCUGUGAAACGAGAUUCAGGAAGAUUUAGGUACAUGUGAAAGAACCCCAGGUGAUUAAAUAUAAUCUGGACACUUCCACUGUGACAUCCUUUAUGGCCCACAUGUCCCCUGGGACAUAAAACCCCAUAAACUAUUGUUAUUGUUAUUAUUAUCAUCAAAAUGCAUAAGAAAGCUUCCCCUACAAGCACCCUGCUGCAUACAAAUGGUGGCAUGCUUCGUUCUUGAUGCACAGACCAAAUGUUGGUAUUGGAAAAGGUCAGCUGUGAUGCACCCAAGGUAGCACAUAUGCUAGUGCUCUGCGGCGGUGUUAAGCAGAAUGUUUGUGCAACUUACCAUAUGGCAGGCAGCAGGAUAUGUGAGGAACCUACCUUAAAUUAUUGAAAUGAGUUCCUUUAAUUGUAGGUGGGUUUACAGAUGAGGCAUUUCUUCACAAGAGAGCCCAUCUAGACAUGUGGAAUAGGAGGCCCGCCUUGACUUUCUGUAAACAAGUGUACCUUUCUUCAAUUUUUGAGGUGUCUGUACGUGACAUUGGCAUGCAUGAAUCCUCAGUGGAGCACAUUCUUGGCAUUUUCAUGAGUGAAAUUUUUGCUACGCUUGGCUGCUUUGCUGUGUCCGAGCAGGCUUGUGACUCCACCUUGCAACUUGCCUGCCUAUGUUUGACCCUAGCAGGCCACCAGCUGUGUAUCUUGACCGCAUAAUGCAUGCCAGUGCUUUGCAUCCAAUGUAAAGGAAUGAGUGUGAGGACAUUUAUUUAAAAGAUGGAGACGACAGUAGGAGAGUGCCAUAGAUUUACUUUUGAGACGGUGAAGGUGCAAUGUUCUGAUGAUGUGUAUGUUUACUGAUGUCUGCUUGGCAUGUGCAAACAACCUUUUGGUAGCUUAACAACACUGAAUGUGAUCAACUAAAGUGCAUUACAAGAAGCAGGCUUCAAGGUGUGCAUUUUCCCAGUAUCAUGUCAAGUGGCUGUUUGCAAUAAUUGUUUACUGUUUUGAUUAUUGUUGUGGUGAAGUGGUGUGUCCUGACCAGCAGUGUUAUGUGUUGUGCCCCAGCCUCUGGUUUCUGCUGGAGCCUGGUGAUUGACUGCAUAUCCAUACUCUCUGUGAUUGUUAUGUUGCAUUGGUUUGCAACUUUUCAGUGAAAACUGGCCACAUGUAAGGCUCCUCCACUGCGAUCCCAUGAUUGGGUUGCUUUGUCAGUGUUGUGUAUCAGAACUGUUGUCGCAGACUUCCACAGCUGCAUUGGUGUGUGUACAUCAUGUGUUGUACGCUUUGCUUCAAAUCAUUACAGAUACAGCCAAAAUGUCAUUAAUUGUUUGAAAGGUAGCGGAAACGCCAUCUGCAUGAUUCUCUCUUCUUUCAAGUGUGUUACAGAUGUAACUGUAUGCCUCAAAGGUUUUUGGUGCUAGUCGAAAGUGACAGAUCAUAGUUUGCCUGUUUGAUUCUCCAGUUGGUGUAAUAAGUGGGCGUCAGGCUUAACAUUAUUUGUGCACCUUGGCAGAUCUUUGAUCUCAAGUAGAUCAGAGUAUGCUGAGCACAUGCGUGCACUUAUUUUUGCGAUGGAUAUAUACUUUUUACAAACUUGUGCGGCUUCCCUUUGUGUGCCGUGAAAAUGAUGUAAUGAUGUACAAAUGAUAUACAUGUAAUGAUGUUUGAAUAAACAACAUUUUAUCGGCGGGGUGCCGUCAGACAGA